GCCGGGGGGCCAUGGAUGGAGCUGCCAAAGAAAGGAAGGCGAAGGGGAUCGGCGGGGAGGAGGAGCUGAAUAUCUUCGCACCAUCGCGGGCAGGCUUAUUCCUAGCUACAGCACAGCGCGCGCAGAAAGAGCGAGGGAGGGAUCGGAGGGGAUCGAUCGGUCGAUCGGUGGUCGUCAUCCGCGCCGGCACCUUGCUUGCUCUCUUGCCCCGAAUCGGAUCAUCAUCCUCACCCGCGCGCCCAAAUGGUGGAGUCGGAGGGCGAGCUCGAGGCGGCGCGCGCGGCGGCCGUGCUGACGCCGCCGCUGUCGCUGGAGGGCGGCCUGGCGGCGGAGCUCCGCCCGGCGAACCUCGCCCGGCGGGUGCUCAGCCUCUUCGGCAACGUCAGCCCGGGAUCCGACCUCUCGCACUUCCAGCUGCCGGCGACGUUCAACCUGCCCAAGUCGCAGCUCCAGAUGUACGGCGAGGGCGUGUACUGCGCCGGCGAGGACCUCCUCGGCCGGUGCGCCCGGGGCAAGGACAGCCUGGAGCGCCUCACGGCGGUGGUGGCCUGGAGCAUCUCCACCACGCGCCCCCCGAUCUUCGGCUUCGCGCCCUACAACCCGGUGCUCGGGGAGACGCACCACGUGUCCCACGGCCCCCUCAACGUCCUCCUCGAGCAGGUCUCCCACUGCCCGCCCGUCUCGGCGCUGCACGCCACCGACGCCGCCGGGGACGUGCGGCUCGUCUGGUGCCAGAGCCCCGUCCCCAAGUUCCACGGCGCCAGCAUCGAGGCCGCGGUGCGGGGCCGCCGGGAGGUGAGCCUCGUCCGGCACGGCGAGCGCUACGAGGUCGACUGCCCCAACCUGCUCAUCCGGCUCCUCCCGGCGCCGUCCGUCGAGUGGGCCGGCGACGUCCGGGUCGUCUGCGCGGACUCCGGGCUCGAGGCCGAGCUCAGCUACUGCCGCACCCGCUCCUUCCUCGGCUUCGGCGGCGACGCCAGGUGUGUCAGGGGCAGGGUCUUCCGCUCGGCGUCGCGGGAGGAGACGGUCUACGAGAUCGACGGGUUCUGGGACAGGACAGUCUCGCUCAAGGACGUCGCCACCGGCGAGGUCUCCGUGCUGUACGACGCCCAGCAAGCCAUUACUAACCUCACCACGCCGGCCGUUCAAGACCACAAGGGAGUGGCGCCGUCGGAAUCCGCCGUGGUGUGGGGCGAGGUCAGCGACGCGCUCCUGAAGAAGGACUGGGAGAAAGCCCGGCAGGCGAAGCGGCUGGUGGAGGACGAAGCGAGGAGGCUCGCCAAGGAGAGGAACGAGAAGGGGGAGGUCUGGACGCCCAAGCACUUCUCCCUGUCGCAGAACAAGAACGGCGAGUGGGAGUGCUGGCCGUUGGAGGAGUCGGUGCCGCCGGCUCCCAUUGUUGUCCCUUCAUAACAGUAGAGAGUACCUGACAUGUAAAGAGCGUUAUACGAUCAACCUGAAUUUCAUUUAAAUUUGUCACUAGCUGAUUAUCUUGAUUCUUUUCGUCUGCUACUGCUUGAGAA